GCCAACUCCUUAAAGUCAAACAUUCAACGCGCAAAUAUCAUUACCAUCAUCUCUCACACACACCCCGUUUUCAAAGUUCUUAAUCUUUGAAUUGAACAAAACCAAACCAAAGCUUCGUCUUCCUCGAUCCUUUCCUUGCCCAAUCUCACCCUCCUCCUCCUCUUCUUCCUCCUCCACUGAUGCGCUCUUUCUCUCUCUCUCAUGGGCCUCCAUCACCGCAAGAUUCUCGAACAAAUCUGUUAUCUCUACUGCAACAUGAAAGAUUCCUCUCCUUGUUACAGCUCUGAUUGCAAGGCUUGUGUCGUCAAGUGCUCCUCCUCCGUCUACCCGCCGAUUUCCUACUCUCCACCGACACCUGUGUCCUUCGACGACUAUGCUGGUCUCGAUGAUCCACGAAAAAUCCACCGCAAGAUCUCCACCUGGUUGACCGUCGUUAUCGCUAUUCUCGCCGCCGCUUUUUUCGCCCUCCUCUGCUUCGCAGUCUACCGCCGGUUCUGCUCCGGCCGUUUCAGGAGAAGGAAUUCGGAGACGGAGGAGGAUCCGCGGGGAGAUUUUCUCGACGAAGAGGAGGGUCCUGUGGUGGAUCAUCCCAUAUGGUAUAUUCGAACCCCUGGUCUUCAACAAUCGAUCAUUUCUGCGAUUACUGUGUGUAAAUACAAGAAAGGCGAAGGGUUGAUUGAAGGAACUGAGUGCUCUGUUUGUCUGAGUGAGUUUGAAGAAGACGAGAAUCUCAGGCUUUUGCCCAAGUGUAAUCACGCUUUUCAUCUCCCUUGUAUUGAUACCUGGCUCCGAUCUCACACCAAUUGCCCCAUGUGCCGAGCUCCGAUCGUCACCAACCCCGCCACGGUGAUCGCCUCGCCGGAGCCGAAUACUGUUAAUCCGACUGAUUCAGAACAACCCCAGAUGGAAACUGUUGAAAAUGGAAGUGAAAAUAGUGGGGUUGUUGAGAACAGUGAUGGUGAACUGAGAAACAGAGAUGAGGAGGAAGAAGGAAGAAGGAGAGAAACGGUGGAUGAAGAAGAGGUUGAGAAUUUGCAGCCAAGAAGAAGAUCUGUGUCUCUGGAUUCUUCAGCUGUAGAGAAGAUCAAUCGUAUUCUUGCUAGAGCUAAUAAUAAUACUGCUGUGUGUUCAGUAGGCUCAUCUUCAUCGAAGAGGGUUUCCAAAAGUGGGUCUUCUUCCUUCAGGAUGAAGUCUCUUCAGAUUGUUGCAGGCACUUCAAUGAAGAGAUCUCGUUCCUACAAUGGCAAACAUGUACAUCCUUGGUACAGUCGAAGCCAGAGGAAGCCAAGUGCUCCUAUUAGAAGCUUUUGAUGAUUUUUGGCCUUCCAUGUAAGGUGAGUCAUCUCAGGCUCAGCAGCACAUGUAUGGAAUGUGAGAGAGAGAGAGAGAGAGAGAGAGAGAGAGAGAGUAAACAAAACAGACAGACAGAAACCAAUGUUUGAUUCUUCUUGUUCUAUAUGUGUUCCUCGAUCCAGACAUGUACUGGGAAACUGGAGUGAUUCUGUUGUGUUAACUCUCAACAAAGGUGAGAGAGAUCAAGGAAGUUGUAAGUUUUAUUCCUUGAUGCAUCAAAAUAAGCCAUGUGAUGCGGAAAGUGUAUGAUAUAGCAAUAGCAGAAACCAAAAUUUACUCAUAUAAUGAGGUUUAUGAUACCUUUGCCAA